GUUUGACAGCGGAUGUUCCUCGGAGGAUCCGCCGUUUACGUUUGUACUAUGGAACAUUAUUUCACCGUUCUCGAUCGACGAGAAGAUCAGAGAACAACUGGCGAGCAUGACGCUAGUCCACCAGUAGGGGCAGUAGACGACCCACCUGUUUACACAGCGGGUAUGUACAUGGCAGGUCAGCGACCCCGCAACCAUAAUGAAAGUGCCUGCAGAUGGUACCAUGGCUUACCGGAUGUUCUUUCCUAUCCAUCAUCCAGACUCACGUGGAGUCCCGAAAUCGGCAAGAAGAGUUCCUACAGGGUUCUGCCAUUCGUGUUGUUUGGCGCCAUCGAAGCAGUGACGAAAAAUUUGCCCCAAGUCACACUAUCCACACACGCCACCGCCGAUCAGGUUUACGGAAUUGUGGAACUCGCCAGACGAUGGGAGGGACCGCUCAGCCUGGCGGUAUUUGCACCAGGCCUCGACGCCGGCCUCGCUGUCGCUCAACUUGAUCGAGCCUGUCGUUGCGAGCCUGCCAUGUACAAGGUUUCCGUCCACCUGGUGUUUCCGGCCGGUCGACCGCCCGCUCUGGGCGCAAUCUGCAGUCGUACUUUGCAAAGCGAUUGCGCUGCAUCUGAUCUUCAGUGGCGGCAAGCCGAAACCGAGAGGUGGAAGAGGAAAAUGACAUAUCCCAUCAACGUCGCUCGGAAUGUGGCGAGAACGAUGGCGAACACAUCUCGCGUGCUUGUGUCGGAUAUCGAACUGUUACCAAGCGCGCGGCUGGCUUCUGGUUUCAUGGAGAUGGUGCACCAGAGACCGCCCAAGCACGGCGUAGUCUUUGUUGUGCCUAUAUUUGAAAUAGAAUCCAAUGAACCGCCGCCGGUGACAAAACGCGAGCUGCUCGCCGCCUGCCGUGCCGGCUUGGCUGUAUAUUUUCAUAGGUAUAACAUAUAUACUAUAUACCGACGCCUACUACGAAGAGUAUGUUUCAUUUGUCCUACGAAAAACAGUAUAUUACGUGAUUCCGCGAAGAGUUUCACGUUUCAAUUUAAUUUACGAAUAUUAUCACGUUUCGGUCCUUGCUACGAAAACUAAUACGUUUCAGCGUUUAUAGUCGAAUUUAGUCGCAAAAAGUAAUAUAUUUCGGUUUAUACCGCGAAAACCAAUAUGUUUGAACAUUUUACUACGAAGAGUAGCACGUUUCCCUUUAAACUAACACAUUCCACGAAAACUAACACGUUCCAAGGUUGAAAGGCGAUUAACCGCGAAAAGUAACUCGUUUUAUUUUAUAUUGCGAAAUUAAAUAUAUUUGAAAGUUUUACUACGAAGAGUAACAUGUUUCUUGUUUAUAUUACGAAAAAUAUAACGCGUUCCAACAUUUAAAAGCGUUUAACCGCGAAAAGUAGGGUGUUUCACUUUAUUAAACGCGAAAACUAUUAUGUUUUAAGGUUUCGCUACGAA